AUGGCCGAUGAGGAGGACCUGGCAGACGCACCGCGGGUGGUGGGCGUCCUCUCCGCGCUCCUAGAGCGGGUCGUGGAGCGCAACGACGCGGUGGCUGACGGGCUCACCGCCGAGACCGCGUCCGCGGCGUCGCUGGCACCGCCGUCGGCGUUCCGGGCGACGGAGAGGCCCGACAUCUCGGUGCGCUCGUACAUGGCGCGCAUCGCGCGGUUCGCGGGGUGCAGCCCCGCGUGCUACGUCGUGGCGUACGUCUACCUCGACCGCCUCCUGCGCCGCGGCCGGCGCGGCCGCGGCGCGCUCGCCGUGGACUCGUACAGCGUGCACCGCCUCCUCAUCACCGCCGUGCUCGCGGCCGUCAAGUUCAUGGAUGACGUAUGCUACAACAACGCUUACUUCGCCAGGGUCGGCGGCAUCAGCCUGGCGGAGAUGAACUACCUGGAGGUGGACUUCCUCUUCGCCGUCGGGUUCGACCUCAACGUGUCGCCGGAGACGUUCGGGCACUACUGCGCUGUCCUCCGGGCCGAGAUGCUGUACCUGGAGCUGGAGGGUCCUCCUCCUGUUGCUGCUACCGGUCCAAAGCUGCACAGCUGCUGCCUUUCAGAAGACGACGGCAGCAGCAGUAGUUCGCAGCAGCAGCUAGCUGCAUAG